AUGGACUCCUGGACUCAAGUCUGUCGCCAAUGCGUCACGGUUGUGGCUGAUGUCCCUCCGACUAUAUUACUCGUUGCUUUCCUCGCUACUGCUAUUGGAAUCUUUGUACUGUUCUACAUCUUACUAUCCCUCGUCGCCCCAAUCCCCCGGGACUCCCUCCCAGAAGAAAAGAAGUAUAGAACCCUUGCGAAAGAUGGCACCAUUACGACCCCCGAACCCCUCCCCUGCUGGCUAGACAAGCAGAAACCCUCCGAGAAACUCAGUAUUGACGAGGGCGAAAUCUUUAUGUCCGUCGUUGUCCCAGCCUACAACGAAGAAGACCGUCUCUCUGGCAUGCUCGAGGAAGCAGUGAACUACCUAGAACACAUGUACGGUACCCUGGGAAGCGAGCAGGACGUUACAGAAACCCGCUCAACGCGCAAGCGCAAGCCUAAUGGCUCGGCGAACGGUCACGCCUCGGGCUCAGACAGAGGCUGGGAAAUCAUACUUGUAUCGGAUGGCUCAACGGAUCGCACUGAGGAGGUCGCGUUUCGCUUUGCGAAGGAUCAUCAACUCUCGUUACAUCCAAAGGGUAAUGCGGGACCUUGGACGCCGAAGGCACAGGAGGGUGUGCAUAUCCCGCCUGGUACGAUCCGUGUGGUUAGCUUGACGCAUAAUCGUGGCAAGGGCGGUGCAGUGACGCAUGGUAUGCGACAUGUUCGUGGAAAGUAUGUUGUUUUCGCGGAUGCGGAUGGGGCGAGUAAGUUUGAGGAUCUGGGUAAACUUGUUACGGCUUGUUCGGGGAUUGAAGAUGCGAGUGGACGUGGAGUGGCGGUUGGAUCGCGAGCUCAUAUGGUUGGUAGUGAGGCUGUUGUUAAGCGAUCUAAAUUGCGGAACUUCCUGAUGCACUCGUUCCACUUAAUCCUCUGGCUUAUGACUCCGCCUCGCACUGCAACCGUCAAGGAUACACAGUGUGGAUUCAAGCUAUUUUCUCGCGCGGCGCUACCUUAUAUUAUCCCGAACAUGCAUUCCGAGGGCUGGAUCUUCGAUGUCGAGAUGCUCAUGCUGGCUGAGUUUGCUCAGAUCCCUGUGGCCGAAGUACCCGUUGGAUGGAGAGAGGUCAAGGGAAGUAAGUUGAAUGUUCUACGCGACAGUAUCGGCAUGGCCUGGGGCCUGGCGCUCCUCCGCGCUGCGUGGUCGCUCGGAAUCUAUAGACAGAAGUGA